UCUUCGGAGAAAUACAAGCAACUUGGUUUUUGAUCGUGAGGGAGAGAGCUGCACAAGAGAGACUUGAUACAUACAUACAUAUAUAUUUCUUUCUAUUUUGUAGCAGCAGCAGAGAGAUGGCCUUGCAUUUUACAUGGGUGUUCGGUUUUGGUCUUUUAGGCAACAUCAUCUCCUGUUUGGUCUGCCUUGCUCCUUUGCCAACUUUUUAUCAAAUCUGCAGGAAGAAAACAAGUCAAGGGUUUCAAUCUAUCCCAUAUGUGAUUGCACUAUUCAGUGCAAUGCUUUGGCUGUUCUAUGCAAUUUUUAGCGAGAAUGCCAUGCUUCUUAUCACCAUUAAUUCCUUCACCUUUUUCAUGGAGAUCGGCUAUAUUGCUGUCUACCUUUUCUACUCCACCAAGAAGGACAAAAUUCUGACUUUCAAGCUUCUCCUGUUGUUCAAUAUUUUCGGGUUCGGUCUCAUCUGUGCACUAACUCUCUUACUAACAGAAGGCAUUAAACGUGUCCAAGUUCUAGGAUGGAUUUGCAUGGUAUUUGCUCUCUGUGUUUUUGUCGCACCUCUUGGCGUUGUGAGAAAAGUUAUAAAAACAAAGAGCGUGGAAUUCAUGCCUUUUUCUCUGUCUUUCUUCCUCACUCUGAGUGCAGUGAUGUGGUUCUUUUAUGGUUAUCUAAAGAAAGACAAGUUUGUUGCUAUUCCGAACAUCUUGGGGUUCAUUUUUGGUAUGCUCCAGAUGGCGCUUUAUCUAAUCUAUAGGAACCCCAAGAAAAAUGAGGUGGCGGAGCCAAAAACUCAAGAAUUGUCUGAACAAUAUUGCUCCGACAUAAACAUUGCGAUGCCACAGCUGAAUGAGGGUGGAAAUGAAGUGUUUGAAGCUCAUUCUGCAAAGGAUCAAACCAAGGAAGCCAUGGAUGUCACCACCAAAGUUUAAUUUAUAGCUAAUCCGCCGUUUCUGCUUUACUUUGAAGAAUAGGACAGUGACUACAUAAGUUGGAGUACCUUCUUGUAUGAAAGAAUGCAUGCUACAUGGUUGAGUCAUGUGCACGUAGACAAAAUAAAUACCUAUUUGCUGUAGAACCAGUCUUCUAUA